UGUAAAAUCGUCUUCAAAGCCUACAAAACUAUGAACGUGCUAGAGUUAGCAACUGGCUUCGUUGUUUUAGCAUGCUUAUUUAGAGAAAGUUUUAUGAAUCAAAUAACAGAUGUUGUGUUUGAUUCUAUGAUACAUUUGAAACCGAAGCGCGAAGGUAUCGUGGACUUUGGGACGCUUCAGGUACAAAACGCUGGAACAAACAUGUGUAACAUUAAUGGAAAAUUUUCCCUACUGCAAAGUUUUGGUGACGAUGUGACGGUUUCAGCCAAACUGUACCGGAAAGCUACUGGUAUGAAUGGUAUCCCAUACUACAUGUUCAGCUCCACUCUGUGUGAACUGAUCAAAAAGGAUACGACGAUAUAUCCUCAACUGAUAGAACACUCGAAUUUCCCUGUGCAGGACACAUGUCCAGUGCCGAAAGGAAACUAUACGCUUCGCAAUUUUGUGCUGGACAUGACGAAAAUACCGCUAGUACUGCCGCUAGGUGAAUGGAUAUUGCUGUUGCAGUACUCGAAGAACUAUGAGGCGUUGGCGGGACAAGAGAUCUAUUUCACCAUUCAACCGUCAGUAAGCAAUAAUUGAAAGAAGUAGUCUUCGAUGGCUCUGUUGCACUGUGACUUGAAGAACUAUGCUGCGUUGGCGGGACAAAGAAUAUCUAUUUCACCAUUCAACCGUAAAUAAGACAGCAAAGAA